UCCGCGCCCCCCCCUUAAUCUGCCUCGGAUCCCCGGGGCCUCUCCUUUUUCCCCCCGUUCUUCCGUCUCCUCGUCUGUCUCUUCGGGACCCGAGGACGUUUUUCUCGCCCUUCCGUUGGUCACGUUUUGAAAAAGUUGCUCGGUUGCCAGACCCCGGUAGCCAGGCCUGUGCCACCUGUGGCCCAGCACCCCUGCGCCCCUUCGAGGCCCAGGGCGCGGGGAGGAAAGGAGCUGUUUCGGUCCCGAACCGCGGAACCCCAGAUCGGUAAACUGGAAAGAUGUCCCUGUAUGAUGACCUGGGAGUGGAGACCAGCGACUCGAAGACGGAAGGCUGGUCCAAGAACUUCAAGCUGCUGCAGUCUCAGCUUCAGGUGAAGAAGGCGGCCCUCACCCAGGCGAAGAGCCAGAGGACAAAACAAAGCACAGUCCUCGCCCCGGUAAUCGACCUAAAGCGAGGCGGCUCUUCAGACGACCGGCAGGUCGUGGACACCCCGCCGCACGUAGCCGCCGGCCUCAAGGAUCCUGUACCCAGUGGAUUUUCCGCGGGAGAAGUUCUGAUUCCCUUAGCCGACGAAUACGACCCUAUGUUCCCUAACGAUUAUGAGAAAGUCGUGAAACGCCAGAGAGAGGAGCGACAGAGACAGCGAGAGCUGGAAAGACAGAAAGAAAUAGAAGAGAGAGAAAAGAGGCGUAAAGACCGACACGAGGCCAGUGGGUUUUCAAGGCGACCAGACCCAGAUUCUGAUGAAGAUGAAGAUUACGAGCGAGAGAGGAGGAAAAGAAGUAUGGGCGGAGCCGCCAUCGCCCCACCCACCUCUCUCGUGGAGAAAGACAAAGAGUUACCCCGAGAAUUUCCUUACGAAGAGGACUCCCGACCGCGCUCACAGUCUUCCAAAGCCGCCGUUCCUCCGCCGGUGUACGAGGAGCAGGACAGGCCCCGGUCCCCAACGGGGCCUGGCAACUCCUUCCUCGCCAACAUGGGGGGCACGGUCGCUCAUAAAAUCAUGCAGAAGUACGGCUUCCGGGAAGGCCAGGGGCUCGGGAAGCACGAGCAAGGGCUGAGCACGGCGUUGUCGGUGGAGAAGACGAGCAAGCGAGGAGGCAAGAUCAUUGUGGGCGAAGUCACAGAGAAAGAUGCAUCCAAGAAGUCGGAUUCAAAUCCACUAACUGAAAUACUUAAGUGUCCUACUAAAGUGGUCCUACUAAGGAACAUGGUUGGUGCAGGAGAGGUAGAUGAAGACUUGGAGGUUGAAACCAAGGAAGAGUGUGAAAAAUAUGGCAAAGUUGGAAAAUGUGUGAUAUUCGAAAUCCCUGGUGCCCCUGACGAUGAAGCAGUGCGGAUAUUUUUAGAAUUCGAGAGGGUCGAAUCAGCAAUUAAAGCUGUCGUAGAUCUGAAUGGGAGGUAUUUCGGUGGCCGGGUGGUAAAAGCAUGUUUCUACAAUUUGGAUAAGUUCAGAGUCUUGGAUUUGGCGGAACAAGUUUGAUUUUAAGAACUGGAGCACGAACCACAAGCUCCAAGCCGAGCAGAGGAGGCGACAGCCAGCUCGCGUGCUGUGUGCGCAGGGACUCAGAAGGGCUGCUGAGAUGUGUGUUGAUUGGUCCCUUUUUUUUUAUUUUGUGUUUUUUUAAUAUAGCAUAAAAAUCCUUAAAAAAAAAAAUCUGUGUGCCUCUCUGGUUUCUCUUUUAUUACCACUUUUGAGAUGAUUACCAUUUUUUGCUAGAAUUUCAUGAUAAUUCUCAAGUGCUUCAGUGAGACAGUAUUUCUUGCACUAAGAAGUCUAGAAAGUUUUGGAAUAUAGGAUAUGCAUUAAGCUAUUCUUUGCUUUUCUUUCAUUUUUUAAAAAUUCAUUUUAACAAGACCUGCAAGUUACUAAACUGUAGCUUCAUAAAUUCUAUAAUGAAGUGUCAUCUUGGCAGUCUGCCAAAGGUGAAACGUCUGCUUUCUCUAACAGAGAAGUUCUUGCUGACUCCACUCAGAAAAAUCUCUUCACGACCUGAAAUCAGGCUGAAGGAUUGUGAACCUGCCAUGACCUGUUCGGAUGAGUCAUUUUCGAUUAAACUAAGUCAGACUGUAGGGUUUGUGAUGGAUUGAGGGUAGGGGAAUCAUGAAUCUAGCAUUCGUUUGUUUUCAGGGGUUCAAGCAUACCCUUAGCGUAGAUCAGAAACGACACGUUAACUCAAAACCUCACGGCUGCGUUGUACCUGUGUGCCCGUCCUUCGGAAUAGUGGUUCCUUGGGGUCACAUUUCUACUGGCAAAAUUUACAGUAGUGUUAGUUCUUAUACAUAGUUUUAAACCAUGAAAUUCAGCACAUCGGUUACUUAAACUGCAUUGCCAGUUAAUAAAACUCCGGAAUUAUGGAACAUUGUACCAUCAGAGAGCAGCGGUACGUGUGGCUUAAAAAUUUAGCAGGACCAUGAAAAAGGAAACAAAUAUUCGAGGUUCGUUGCCAGAGCAGGAAGUGUUCUCAGAACAUACUUGUGCCUGUGUUCUGUCCCUUGCUUGCCCGAAUAUUGUAUGUGACUUUCCCGAGGCGGUGCCUGUGUUGUCUGUAGGUUGUCACAACCUGGAAAUUGUGACUCUUUGAGGGGAGAAAGCGCUCAACGUCACUUUGCGUCCAUGGACUUGAUUUGGAGACAGGAAUAUUCUGACCCUUUUUACAAAAGGAUUCUCUGUUUUUAUUUAACGUAAAUAAAACAAUAACAUUUCCUCUUCUGUGGUA